CGGGGCGGCCCCGGUUCCUCGGAAGCUCGGCGCGGUUUGUGCCCGUUCCUGCUCCGGGAUGUGCCAGUCGCUCCAGCCCGGCAGGAUGCUGCUCCCCCUGCUCUGCCCCCAGCACUGCCGGCCCCUCCGCCGCCUCCUGCGGGCCCUGUCCCGCUGCCCACAGCAUGGGAGCAGGGCUGGCUGUCCCCACAGGGCUCUGCACACAGCCUGGGCCCCCUGCAGCAGUGACAUCGCCCCCGUGUUCACCAGGGCCCCGGCGUUUGGGGACAAAGUGGCCAUCGUGGACCGGAACGGGGAGCACACGUACCGGGACCUGCUGAGCCGCAGCCUCCGCCUGUCCCGGGAGAUCUGCAGCGUCCUGCAGUGCCCCAGCAGGGACCUGAGGGAGGAGAGGAUCUCCUUCCUGUGCCCCAACGAUGCCUCCUACGUGGUGGCCCAGUGGGCUGCGUGGAUGAGCGGGGCCAUAGCGGUGCCCCUGUACAGGAAGCACCCGCUGCCCGAGCUGGAGUACGUGAUCCAGGACUCCCAGAGCGCCCUGCUCGUCGCAGCCGAGGAGUUCCUGGGCAAAAUAACCCCCAGUGCCCAGAAACUGGGAGUCCCUGUGCUGCCCCUUCCCAGCUCUGGGGCUGGUGGAUCCCCUGCAGCCACGGAGGAGGGGCCCUUGCCGAGCUGUUCCUCGUGGAAGGACAGAGGAGCCAUGAUCAUCUACACCAGCGGGACCACGGGGAGGCCCAAGGGUGUGCUCAGCACCCACGAGAACGUGCAGGCUGUGACCACGGGGCUGGUUGAGAAGUGGGAGUGGAAGAAGGAGGAUGUGAUCCUGCACGUGCUGCCUCUGCACCACGUCCACGGGGUGAUCAACAAGCUGCAGUGCCCGCUGUGGGUGGGAGCCACGUGCGUCAUGUUCCCGGAGUUCAGCGCGCACACGGUGUGGAAGAAGCUCCUGAGCUCCAAAGCUCCCCGUGUCAAUGUGUUCAUGGCAGUGCCCACCAUCUAUGCCAAGCUGAUGGAAUAUUAUGAUGAGCAUUUCACCCAGCCCCAGGUGCAGGAUUUCGUGCGUGCCUAUUGCCAGGAGAACAUCAGGUUAAUGGUGUCAGGCUCAGCAGCCCUGCCUGUGCCUGUCCUGGAGAAGUGGAAGAGCAUCACGGGGCACACCUUGCUGGAGAGGUAUGGGAUGACUGAGAUUGGGAUGGCGCUUUCUAACCCUUUGCAUGGAGUCCGAGUGCCAGGUUCCGUGGGCACCCCCCUGCCCGGCGUGGCCGUGCGCAUCGCCAGCGAGACCCUGAGCGGCGGCGCCCGCUCCUACAGCAUCCACGCCCAGGGCGAUGAGAACAGCACACAGGUGACCCCGGGCCUGGAGGGACAGGAGGGGGAGCUGCAGGUGAAGGGGCCCUCGGUGUUCCGCGAGUACUGGAACCGACCCAAGGAGAGCGCGGACGCCUUCACGCCCGACGGAUGGUUCCGCACAGGAGACACAGCAGCCUACAAGGAUGGGGUGUACUGGAUCAAGGGCCGCACCUCCGUGGACAUCAUCAAGAACGGGGGGUUCAAGGUCAGCGCGCUGGAGGUGGAGCGGCAGCUGCUGGCGCACCCGCACAUCACAGACGUGGCGGUGAUCGGGCCCCCGGACGUGGUGUGGGGACAGCGGGUCAGCGCCGUGGUGAAGCUGCGCCAGGGCCAGAUGCUCUCCGUGAAGGACCUCAAGGACUGGGCCAGGGACACCAUGGCUCCCUACGCCAUCCCGACGGAGCUGAUCGUGGUGGAGGAGAUCCCGCGCAACCAGAUGGGCAAAGUCAACAAGAAGGAGCUGCUGAAACGCUUCUACCCAGCCUAGGGCCCACCUGGGAGGGCUUGGCCCUGAUCCAGGGCAUUCUGCCCCAGAGGAGGAGCCAGGGGAUCCUCCCUGGCAGCUCUGGGC